AAAGCCGGCUCAUUACAUUCUCUCUUCACUUUCUUUUUUAUUUUUAUUAAUUUUUACAUUUUUACAUUUUUUUGUCAGCUGAUGAGCUUCUCUCCAACUUUCUGUCUAUCCCAUGAAGAACUUUAUAGAGAGAGAACAAACAAUUAUCGCCGGAAAUGCUCCUUUCUCCGGCGUCGUUUGCAAUCUCUCUGAGGCUGUGUAAUACCUAGAAUCCAAUCCACAAGCAGUCAUCACUUAUCCCUAGAAAUGCAAUAACAAGAGGAAGGAAAAACGAGAGAAGAGAGAGGGGGGGAGAGUUUAUGAGCGAAAAAUGCCUGAAGCAGUUCUGCUUGUGGAGCCUAACGACGUCGUUUCAAACACCAAGCAAAAGCAAUCGGAGGAAGAGCAGGGUAUCGUGACGGAAAAACAACUGGUGCCAGCAGUUCUCACACCACCAUCACCAAUAGUCGUUAACCGUAGUCGAUCUCAGGCGGACACUCGCCGUGUUACUCCGACCACCAUCUCUUUACCUGCCACCACAAUAGCCUCCGGGAUUGCCGGCUCCGUGGUCGAGAAGUCGUUUCCGAACGGCGAUGUCUACACUGGAAGCUUCUCCGGGAACGUCCCGCACGGAUCGGGAAAGUAUUUAUGGACGGACGGGUGCAUGUACGAGGGCCACUGGCGGAGGGGGAAGGCCUCGGGGAAAGGGAAGUUCUCGUGGCCGUCCGGUGCCACCUACGAGGGCGAGUUUAAGUCGGGUCGGAUGGAGGGAUUUGGGACCUUCAUCGGAUCUGAUGGAGAUACCUACCGUGGGAACUGGAGUUCGGAUCGCAAGCACGGAUAUGGACAGAAGCGCUACGCCAACGGCGAUUUCUACGAAGGAACCUGGAAGAGAAAUCUUCAAGAAGGGCAGGGCCGGUAUGUGUGGAAGAAUGGGAACGAGUAUGUCGGUGAAUGGAAGAACGGCGUGAUUUCAGGUCGCGGAGUCCUGAUUUGGUCAAAUGGGAAUCGCUAUGAUGGGCAGUGGGAAAACAGAGUUCCUAAGGGAGAUGGAGUCUUCACUUGGCCCGAUGGCAGCUGCUACGUUGGGACCUGGAACAAGGACGUGAAGGUGCAGCAGCUGACGAAGACAUUAUUUCCGGGGCACGGGAAGGAGCAUUUGAAUGAGUACGAGAACAGUCUGGUGAGUAAUUUGAUGGUGGCCACAAGGAAGAGGUCUUCAGUGGAAGGGGCGAGGGGUAGCUUGACGGAGAGGAAUUUUCCGAGGAUUUGCAUUUGGGAGUCCGAUGGGGAAGCUGGUGACAUUACUUGUGAUAUUAUCGAUAAUGUGGAGGCUUCGAUGAUUUACAGGGAGAGUUUGGGCCUCGAUCGCGAUGAGAUUAGGCAGUUCAGGAGGAAUCCAUGUUGCUUUAGUGGCGAGGCGAAGAAGCCUGGACAGACAAUAUUGAAGGGGCACAAGAAUUACGUAUUGAUGCUUAAUUUACAAUUGGGUAUCAGGUAUUCUGUCGGGAAACAUGCUUCCAUCAUACGGGACCUGAAGCAAUGUGAUUUUGAUCCAAAGGAGAAGUUUUGGACGAGGUUCCCUUCAGAUGGGUCAAAGAUAACUCCACCUCAUCAAUCAGGGGAGUUUUGGUGGAAGGACUAUUGUCCUGUGGUGUUUAGGCGAUUGAGGGAGCUUUUCCAGGUGGAUCCUGCCGAUUACAUGCUGGCCGUAUGUGGAAAUGAUGCCCUUAGGGAACUUUCUUCUCCGGGGAAGAGUGGAAGCUUCUUUUACCUAACUCAGGAUGAUAGAAUCAUGAUAAAAACAGUGAAGAAAUCAGAAGUCAAGGUGCUCAUAAAGAUGCUUUCUAGCUACUACCAGCAUGUUUGUCGGUAUGAGAAUUCCCUCGUGACAAAGUUUUAUGGUGUACAUUGUGUUAAACCUAUUGGUGGCCAGAAGACACGAUUUAUAGUGAUGGGUAAUUUGUUCUGCUCCGAGUACCAAAUACAUAGGAGAUUUGACUUGAAAGGAUCCUCUCAUGGACGCACAACUGAUAAGCCUGAGGGUGAGAUUGAUGAAACAACAACACUAAAAGACUUGGACCUCAAUUUUGUGUUUCGUCUGCAGCUGAAUUGGUUCCAGGAGCUUAUGAAGCAAAUUGAACGGGAUUGUGAGUUUUUGGAAGCUGAGAAAAUCAUGGAUUACAGUCUUCUAGUUGGUCUUCAUUUUCGUGAUGACAACAAGUAUGACAAAAUGGGCUUGUCGCCUUACCUUUUGCGUACCGGGAAGAAAGAUUCUUUUCAGAAUGAGAAGUUCAUGCGUGGCUACCGCUUCCUUGAAGCGGAACUGCAAGACAUGGAUCGAAUUUUAUCUGGACGGAAGCCUUUGAUCAGGUUAGGAGCAAACAUGCCAGCAAGGGCAGAGCGGAUGACUCGGAGAAGUGACUUUGAUCAGUACACCCCUGGUGGAUUUAGUGAUCUGACCCCUUCGCGCAGUGGUGAAAUUUAUGAAGUAAUUCUUUAUUUCGGGAUUAUUGACAUUUUACAAGACUAUGAUAUCAGCAAAAAGUUGGAGCGUGCUUACAAAUCCUUGCAAGCAGACCCUGCUUCAAUCUCGGCAGUUGAUCCCAAACUCUAUUCUAAGAGGUUCCGUGACUUCAUCGGGAGAAUCUUUAUAGAAGAUAGGUAGCAACGAGGAGAACUGGAGACGAGCAUAUCUGUAUUGUGUUCGAAGGGAAUUCAAUAGAACCUCAGGUGCACCCUUCUAGAGUUCUAGUACCAGGGCUUGCAGCUUCGCGGAGCAAGAAUAACGGAUGAAGCAAAUAAUUUGUGGGUUGCUGGCUGAAUUUUGAAAAACAGCCAUGGUGUGGUGUUGAGGAUUUGGGGUCGGCGCUCCGCCCCAACCCUGGUGUUGAAGGGGUUGCAGAUUAUUGUACAUGGAAAGCCAAGAAAGCAUAUGGGGAUCAGAAUAUCCUUAUUUGGUGUUUUGAAAUGCACUGGGUCAUGUGAAUUGUGAAAAAUUUAAAGAUAGGUAUGGGGAACUAGGAAAACGUUUUUCCCAAGGAAGAUCCAGAGUGGUGGGUGGGUGACUGGAAUAAGGAAGUGUACAGUCUAGAAAAUAUGGAGAUUGUUUACGAGAGUUUCAGAAUAUUUUUUGGUGA